CCCUUUACCACCACACAGAUCAUAAUCCCCGCACUGUCAAGCCUCAAGCUAACCUGAACAGUAAGAACCGGGGUCGUUGGCAAUGAGAUUCUUCUCUCAAUCAUUCUUGUACGACGAUCCCUGGUCAAUUGUAUCUCUCGCAUUCUUUUUGCGAUACCCAAACCCAUACGCAUCCCAUGUGCUUUCCUGCGACGUCAUCUCGCGCGAGUUCUCGUCAACUGGGUCGCUGCUCACUACACGCCUUAUCCUCAAGCGUGGCGCCUUACCAAGAUGGGCACCUAAAGGCAUAAUCACUCGCGCAGAGACUUGGGUCAUCGAGGAGAGUGAGGUUGACCCUGAGGGCAAGGUCGUACGAUGCAGGACAAAAAAUCUCGAUCAUGUCAAAGUUAUGCAGGUGCAAGAGACACAGACGUUCAAGCAAACUCAGGAUGGGAAAACAUUGCAGACCACAGGGGCAAGCAUUGUCUCUGGCUUCGGUUGGGGCCUCACGAAGCGGAUCGAGAGUCACGGUCUGGCUCGGUUUAAGGCUAAUAUGCAGCGAUCACGGGAAGGAGUCUCGCUCAUUCUCGAUCUCAUACGCCAGUCUCGACUCCAUCCCAUGACCAUGGGCGCGUCCUACCUCAGUCUCGCCACCCGCCAAGUUUCGUCCGGCAGCAGUCCUGGGACCGGAGGCUCAGAGGAAGAGGGAGAACUUUUCCGUUCUGGUUCAAGAAGCUCACGGAAUCAGAAUCAUGCGUGAUGUUUUUCAGAAAAUUAGCAGUGUGAAGGU